CCCGGCACAAAGCAGAGCCGGGUCGUGGCCAACCUCUGCUAACCAGCUCAUCCCACCCCAAAAAACAGGAACAGGGAGGCGUUUGCUUCUCAUUCCAGACAGUAAGAGUCACAUUUAUGAAUGAUUUACUCCUGGGGUUGAGGGCUCGAUGCAAAUGAGCACAAAGGAAGUUGUCAGCAGCACCGUGCUCUGGCCAAUGGAAGGAAAGCUCCAUCUUAGCUGUGCCAUAGGCUGCACUAAAAAAAGGGACCAGAACGGCGCUCUCUCAGCAUCCUUUCACACAAGAGCUCCCAAAUCUCUGCCAGUGAGCAUACUCAGACAGCUCCUCGAGAAUGGCAACCCUCAACAGCACCCACUGGAAUGAGACUACUACAUCCAUUUCCCAGUACCUGGGCUUCCAAGUGCAAAAAAUCUACCCUUUCCAUGACAACUGGAACACUGCCUGCUUUGUCAUCCUGAUCAUAUUCAUCUUCACUGUAGUUUCUCUGGUGGUGCUGGCUUUCCUGUAUGAACUGCUGGACUGCUGCUGCUGUGUGAAAAACAAGACUGUGAAGGACUUGGAGAACGAGCCCAACCCCGUCAGAGCAAUGCUGAACAGCUUCAGGAAGCGGGACACAGAGGUGGUGUAGGAAGCACUGAGCACCUGCACUUGGGGAACUUGGUUUGACACCUGGAAUGAAGCCUCCUGUAGCUUACCAAUGAGCAAGUCAUGUGCUUUUUUCUUUUGGAUUUAAAUAUCCACUGUGGCAAUUUUAUCUCAGGAUGUGAGCUGGAAUAAUUGGCAAAGGCUUUCCAAGUGCUUAGCAGAAAGACAAUCUACUGCAGAGUUAUGGGAGGGAGAAAGAUUGUUGUUUAUAGAUGAACUUUUGCUGUUUAUAUUGAGUGACUAGCAUAGAAUUUUGUCUACCUGACCGAACAAAUGCUGCCUAACAUGCACACAACUCUGUUGCUUAGCUGAAGAAAACAUUUAUAAAAUGUCCAACAGUCUGAUCACAU